CUGCAGCCAAUCAGCGGCAUUCAGGGACACAUGAACGGUGUGAAUCUCCACCGAACAGGCUCAAGGAACAAAGGAUCCCAGCCGCCCUCCGCUAACAAAACCCUUCUUUCUCUCCGCGUAUGUGCACUUUUUCCUGGUUUAUAAUGCGUCAUAAUUUGGACACGACUCGGUAAAAAGUGUACGUAAUUCCUGGCGUGUUGUCCCGUCGUUAUAGGAAGAAGAGAAGAAGAGAAACUUGGCUUCGCGGCGCGGUUGGGGAGUACGUUUGCUCGUUUGCUUGGAAUCUUUUCCUUGGAUUCGCGGACUUAAAGGCAACGCGUGACGCUCGCUGCUUUGAUACUGUGACCUUUGACCCCGUGACUGAGCAGAGAUGCCGAUUUCUCAUGAGCUUUGGACUCGGAUGGAUUAGGAGGUCCAUCAAACCCCCAGCCUCUCUGUGCUCCCUGCCCUUUCCAAAGAGGGAGCUCCCGUGUUGCUUCCGUGCCCAUGAGGUAGCGUCCGGACUGGGCCUGCUCCCCUCAUCGCUGUCCCUGGUCCCUCCAUCAGCUCCACCCAUCACCCCACCUCUCCUCACCCAUCUCCAGCCAUGGGACAGAAGAUUUCAGGCAGCAUCAAAUCCGUAGACGUGCGCGGUGAGCCUUCGUAUCGUCCCGUACGGAGAGAGCUACGCGGUCCCGAUUUCUGCCGACCUCCCCGAUUGGACUUACUUUUGGACAUGCCUCCCGCUAGCCACGAAAUCCAACUCAAACACGCGUGGAACCCAGACGAUCGAUCGCUUAACAUUUUCGUGAAGGAAGACGAUAAAUUGACUUUUCACCGGCACCCCGUAGCCCAAAGCACGGACUGUAUCAGGGCGAAAGUUGGAUUUUCAAGAGGUUUGCAUGUUUGGCGAAUUAACUGGCCCGCAAGGCAACGAGGUACGCACGCAGUAGUCGGAGUAGCCACAGCGGAGGCGUCGCUCCAUUCGGUUGGAUAUACGGCUUUAGUUGGCUCGGACUCGGAAUCUUGGGGUUGGGAUUUGGGUCGGAAUAGACUUUAUCACGACGGGAAAAACAGACCAGCUUCGACGAUGGCUCCUACUUAUCCGUGUUUCUUGGAGCCAGAUGAGUCAUUUGUGUUGCCGGAUUCGCUUACGGUGAUUUUGGACAUGGACGAAGGCACGCUAAGCUUUAUGGUGGAUGGACAGUAUCUGGGCGUGGCGUUCAGAGGGCUAAAGGGGAAGAGGCUGUACCCCAUCGUGAGCGCCGUUUGGGGGCACUGCGAGGUCACCAUGCGCUACAUCAAUGGACUGGAUCCGGAGCCCCUCCCCCUCAUGGACCUCUGCAGACGAGUGGCCCGCGUUGCCCUGGGACGAGACCGAAUUCACCACAUCGACACCCUCCCUCUGCCCCAGACGCUCAAAAACUACCUCCAGUACCAAUGAAUACGUUCUAUAGCAAUGAUACAGGACGCAAGAUGGACCUAUCUGCUCAAACCAGCUGGGACUGCGCUGAAAACACGACAGAACACACAGAACAGUUGCAAAAAAUUAUUUCGUUUACAAGAGUUGAGAUUUUGGAUUUUUUUUUUUUUUUUUUUUUAAUCUGCAUAUUUUUUCUUAUUUUUAAACUUUGCUUUCUUGCUGCGCUAGCAAGGCGGAGAAGCUAAAGGGCCCAUAUUACUCUAUUUUCUGAUCUAUGUUAUAAUGUUUCCUCAUCAAAAACAUAACCGGAGUUGUUUUGUUUUUCUCACAUGUUUAACACACAACACUCUGUUCCACCUUGUGAUGUCAUAAUACAGGAAGUGCUCCACUGUGUUUUUAAACUCCACACACCUUCACUAGAAUCAUUUGGAUGAUUUCAGUCCUGGAAUUGCCAACUAAAGGUAAAAGGUAGCUGUUAGCUUGAAAACUACCACUUCAUGACAUCACAAGGUGGAACAGACCAUUUUCAGCUUUGGAAAUGAAGACAGCCUAAUAAUGCAGGAUUUCUCAAACAUGUGAAUGAAAUGAACAUAGCUCCAGGGAUGUUUUUGAUGAGGUAACAGCAUUAUAACUUGACUUAAAGCUCACAAGAGUCACUUUUGUGUAAUACAGGACCUUGAACCAUGAGAUUAAAGUGUUGCAAUGCAGUUUAGUGAAUACAAGCCUUAUGCACAAAAUCCGUUCAUGUUUAUGGAUAUAUACAAGAAAAUGGAAAGUAAAAUGCACUAUUUUGGUUCAGAAACGCAUUACAUACAAAGGCAUUAUGGGUUAGAUGAACGCGAGGGUCUCUUUGUGCAGUAAUGCAGACACAACAUGGGAUUGCACCUUAUUUACAAAAAUCAAAAACAUUGGGACACUGUAAAUUAACAGAAGUGAAUACUGCCAUUUUUAAGUAUUAAACUCAUUUAUAUUGUUAAAAAUUGAACAAAGUUGUCACAUUUUGAUGGUAGCAAAAGGCUUAUUUCCAAUCCCAAAUAUUAACAAAAUGAUAAGAUUUAUUUUACUACUACUUUUUCCGCCCCCUAGUGGUUAUAAUUAGAUGGGCUGCUGUCACCGCGUAUGAUGUAUUUUUAAAUAUUAAAUUAUGAAUGUCUUAGUCUUAAAUAUUGUUUUUAAGUACAUAAGAACCCCAACUUUGAUUAACAGUUGGGAUUAGUGAACAUUUUGACAUUCUGCAGUCGAUUAUAGUGUCAUGUGCUAACGAUAUAAUUGUGAUUUUAUUACAUUUACAGAUGCUUUUAAUUGUAUCUUUUAAUUUUCAGUGUCCCAACUUUUUAGAAAUUAGUUUAAUCAUUGUUUUCGAAUCUUCCUAAUCUUGAAACAUUUGCGUCUUGGCCUGCUAAUGUGCCUGAGACAUGAACUCAACCCAAAGCACAGUACAGUAUCACCAGAACAUAAACACUACAUGCUUUUAAGUGCUGCUUUUCUUUCUUCCACCAUUUGGCCUCUUGAGUUUUUAUCAUCUACUUUGGAAAAUGGUCUUAGGAGAUUUUUUUUGUCAUUUUUUUUCUAUGUAUUUUGAGAUUUACGCGGGGUCCAGAGGGGGUCUCGCAGAUUCAAGAAUGUGCUGCCAUGAGAUCUUUUAAUGUGAAGAAUAAACUUGGCUAAACUUGU